CUCUUUCUAAGGAGACACUGUGAGAAAGAGCACAUUUUGGGACCCACUGGAUGCGACACUUCCUUGGUUGCCUGGUCCUUCCUCCACCUGAAGAUCAAGGUUCCUUUAAGGGUAGCAGGAUCAGCCCCCCUUUUUCAUCUGGACUACGACCACUGCCCUGGGGUCUCAGAGGAACAAUGGAUGUCCCAGGGUUUCUAAAAUUGGAAGUGAAUGGCCCCAUGGUCACUGUGGCUCUGUCCGUGGUUCUCUUGGCCCUCCUGAAAUGGUACUCCACAUCGGCUUUCUCAAGACUGGAGAAAUUGGGCAUCCGACAUCCCAAGCCUUCUCCUUUUAUUGGAAACUUGACAUUUUUCCACCAGGGUUUUUGGGAAAGCCAAAUGGAGCUCAGAAAACGAUAUGGACCUCUGUGUGGGUACUAUCUCGGUCGUCGGAUGUUUAUUGUAAUUUCUGAGCCAGACAUGAUCAAGCAGGUGUUGGUUGAGAACUUCAGCAACUUUACCAACAGAAUGGCGUCAGGUUUGGAGUUCAAGUCGGUAGCCGACAGUGUUCUGUUUUUACGAGACAAAAGAUGGGAAGAGGUCAGAGGUGUCCUGACUUCUGCUUUCAGCCCUGAAAAACUGAACGAGAAACCAGUGUUCCUGCACAUUUUCAAUGAGAUUUUGAUUACAUUUCCUUCAGUAGUCUUUGGUAUCUGGUGGCCUUACCUGUCUCUGUCGACAGCCCCAGGUCACACUCACAUAGCCUGCGUCAGGCUCCACAAGGCCUUCGAUUAA